GGAGUCUCUUUUAUAUCGCCUGAAACCUCAACACCACGAUUCAAUCACUACUAUACCCCUCAUCCUCCUUUACAUGACCACAACAUCGCUCACCAUAAAUCCACCAUGUCCGACACGCCAACCCUACCGAUCGAAGACCAUACCGUUCACGAACCUGACACCGCCGACGAUGCCGACGAGCAGCCCCAACUCCAGCUCACCAUCCACCACCGCAACACCGCCCACACCCUCACCCUCCCCGCGAACGCCACCCUCCACGACCUCACCCUCCACCUCGAAAAGCACCUCAACAUCGCCACUUCGCACCAAAAACUCCUGAUCACCCCUCCCCCGCCCCGCACCCUCAUCCCCGGGACACUCAAACCGCCCCUCCCGCCCCCCCACGCCGCCCUCCCCCUCCUCACAACCCUCCCGCUCACCUCCCCGCGCUUCAAACUCACCGUCCUGGGCUCUCCCAGCCCCGAAAUCACGGCCCUCAACGCCCAAGGUGCCGACCGCGCCGCGCGCGAACGCCUCCGCCGCACCACCCACGCCCAGUACGCCGCGACCGCCACCCCGGCCGCCGUCGCCUCCUCCCUCUCGCGCAUCCACACCCUCUCGUCCGGAGCUGCGGACCCGCAGCAGCAAUACACCUUCCACCGACUCCUCCCGCUCCCGCACCUCCCCAACCCACAGCGCAGCCACGACUUCCUCGCGCGCCUCCGCGACGACCCCGGCAUCCGGUCGGCGAUGCGCCUGCACAAAUUCUCCGUGCCCGUGCUCACGGAGAUGGACCCCGUCGAGCACACGACGGCCCACUCGCGGACCUUGGGGCUCAACCGGAACAAAGGCGAGGUCAUCGAGUUGCGGCUCCGCACGGACGCCUACGACGGGUACCGCGAUUAUCGCACGAUCCGCAAGACGCUGUGUCAUGAGCUGGCGCACUGUGUGCACAGUGACCACGAUCGGUUGUUUUGGGAGCUGACGGGCCAGAUUGAGCGCGAGGUCGAGAGGGGGGAUUACACGAGGAGUGGGCGGGUGCUGGGCGCGAAUAGUAGGGGUGCAGGCGGAGGGGGGGUGGUGGAUGAGUUCUAUAAUCCCGGGGAGUGGGAGGAGGAGUCAGGCUCAAGCUACUGGGGGAGGGAGUAUGAGGGAGAUUCUGGCCAAAGCGGCGGAAGAGAGGAUGAAGAGGGAGAGGGAGAGGGAUGA